CUUUUUCCAUGCUGCUCUGUUUUGACCAUGGCAGCAUCUUCUACUAUCUCCUCCUUAAUGGGUGAUUUAAUGGAGGGUCCCAUUUUACUAAUAACUAUGAGAACAGAGUUUAAUGAAUGCAGAUGUUUUGAUCAGGAUCCAUCAAAUCAAAUCAUUCCUACUGCUUGUAUUCUCCAAUAAAAUCCCUUUAUUUAAUCUCUUUUUUUCUCUCUCUCCCUCCCCACUUGGUUCUAUCUCUAGGUCUUCCCUCUCAAACACUACCAGGACAAAAUCAGGCCUUACAUCCAGUUACCGUCACACAGAAACAUCACUGGGAUAGUGGAGGUCAUCCUUGGAGAGACGAAGGCAUAUGUCUUUUUUGACAAGGACUUUGGUGACAUGCAUUCCUACGUUAGGAGCUGCAAGCGUCUGCCGGAACAGGAAGCUGCUAGACUCUUCAAACAGAUUGUCUCUGCAGUUGCUCACUGCCACCAGUCAGCUAUUGUGCUGGGGGACCUCAAACUCAGGAAAUUUGUGUUUUCUAAUGAAGAAAGGAUGCAGCUGAGACUUGAAAGUUUGGAAGAUACCCACAUCAUGAAAGGGGAAGAUGAUGCGUUGUCAGACAAGCACGGCUGUCCGGCAUAUGUCAGUCCAGAGAUCUUAAACACAACGGGGACCUAUUCUGGGAAGUCAGCUGACGUUUGGAGUUUAGGAGUUAUGCUGUACACUCUCCUAGUGGGACGGUAUCCCUUUCAUGACUCGGACCCUACCACCCUGUUUUCCAAAAUCCGGCGCGGACAGUUCUGUAUCCCUGACCACGUCUCUCCCAAAGCACGGUGCCUCAUCCGCAGCCUUCUGAGGCGAGAACCCUCUGAAAGACUCACCGCGCCUGAGAUUUUGCUCCAUCCUUGGUUUGAUGCCAUUUUGGAAUCUGGGCACGCUGACCAGGAUGUAAGAAUCUCUGAUCAAGUUGUUCCAGAGCAACUGAGAGAGGACAAUGAUAUGAGCUUCUUCUUCUGCUAGCUCGGCCUACUUUGCCUCGGGGACAAGAGAUUUCUCUCUUGCAUACAGCGUUUUGUGUCCGUUUUGUGUCAGUGCACAUGUGUGUUCCUCUUGUAAAUGCAUAGCUUUCCAAAAGCCUCCCUGCGCUCAGGACAAUAGAGGUCUAAAAUGCACUUAUCUCACAGGCGGAAGGCCUGUAUAUUCUCCCAUGUCUAUAAAAACUUCCAGAACAAUUGCAGUCUUGGGUUGCUAAACCUAGGGAUUCUCCCUUGAUGUCCGAGGGGCUGCCAUCUGGUGCAAGCAUGCUGAACUUUUGAACUAGAAUUUGGGGGAGGGGGAGGCUAAUGUUGGAUUUCAUUGGAAAAUCAGAUUGCUUUAUCUGGAAUUUGCAACGUAAGUAUUGCGGCCUCUGUUGGCUUCCUUCUUUUCUUCUCCUUAACAGAAGAGCUCUGAGCCCUGUGUGCAUAUUCAGGUUCACAUGGUCUGGCUUUGCUGCCCAGUUUAUACUGUUACAGAUAUAAACAGCAAUGGCAGAAGUGCCAGAGGAUUCUCCUGUCCUCUCAUCCAUCAUGGAAAUGACAGGACUGCCAGCUGGCCUUUGAUUACAGAAUCUUUUUGCUGGUGAUGUAAGAGCAAAAUGCACUAGCGCUUCUUAUGAUGCCAGGCAGGACGGGUGAUAAUCACAGUGCUAGAACGAUGGGGUGGCACAUUUAGAAAAAGAAGUGGGAGUGGGGAAUAAGAGUCUGACAUUGAUUUCCAGUAUUUUUUUUUCCCCCUCUCAAGUGGCUAUCCUAUCUUUCAGCCCAGAGUUCUCCCGGUGUUUUGCUGGUUGCUUAGACGAGUCAGUUCAUAACCAACUUGAAUGUUUCACCCUUCAAGGCAACACUCUAGAUUAGGCUGUGCACCCUAAUCUUGUGAAACCUGUUGACCUUAGGGGCUUUAGCUUUUGAACAGCUGGAUUUACGGUUUGAAACCUAACUUGGUUAAUCCAGAUUUAAAGCUGCUGUUAAGCCUUUCAACAGAGCUGUGGUGAAGACUUAGGAUGCACAGAUCCGGUAGCUAAUCUUUGUUAUUUUGACCUGCAGAGCCUUGGCAUCUAGAAUUCAGCGGCCUUGAAUCAGGGCACAGGGGCUCGGGCACUUUGGGGAGGUUUAGGCCUUGUCUACCACACUUGGAGAAUUUUCCAAAACCUUGCAGUCUCAAAGCUGCCAAACUGUAUUCAGAUUUCAGUUAUUUUCAUUGAAAGGUCAGAACCAUUACAGCAAAUACCUCUGGCUUUAGGAAAAACACCACUCUUUCUCUGCUGAGGAUGGACACAGCAUCCUCAGCAGAUCUAUUAAAAGGGCUUCCAUGCAAUCUGAGUGGGAGCCCUUGAUGCUGUCUUUGAUGGGAUGCAAAGAACAGGCCUCCUUGAAGCUCCCUCGCAUGCAGCAGUUAGCUAACGGUCACAUUUGCAGCUACGUUCUGGACUAUCCAUUUGAUCCUUAAAGCAAACAAAGAUAGGCCCUUAGUUCAUUACCAUGUAUUUUAUAGAAAAGGUGAAGCCACCUUUCAACUUCUUCCAGGUGUGACUCAGCAGUCAAACAGAUGCGUGCACAUGUGACUUGACAGUGAUGCACUGUUUAUGUUGGUGUCUUAAGUACAGUGUUAGCCAAGGGAGGAUCUGUGUGCGCUUAUCAAGAUGUCGCUCUCGCCCUCUGACAUCUCCAGCAAAAAAGGUCUUGUGAAACAAGGGGAAAGAAGCUUCUACCCAAGACUCUGGUUUUGUCAUUGUCCGCCCAAGUUUGCUCAUCCGAGAGGUCACUCCAAUCCAUGCAAGUCAUGGGAACCCCGCCUUUAUAGAUGUGCUGUCACAGCUCGCUCUGGCGCUUGGAUGCCAAAUCUCACCUGAAGCAGUCAGAUUUUCAGCCUACUUCUCAAGCCGUCAUCUGAAAGGGCCUGCUUCUGACCUUGGUUAGCUCCCUUGUGUCUGUGCAACUGGGUGUUGCUCUCUUAAGCAGCAUCAAUAUCCGAAUACCAAAACACCAGCCAAGGGUGGAGUGGCCUAACCUGAGAGGCCGAGAUAAGCCCUAUCUUGUUGUGUAGACUGAAACGCAAUUGUGUUUUUGCUCUUUGUUCAAAUGGGUGAUGCAACGCGCUGGCUCCCUCUGCUCUCUCCUUGCCCAUUAGCUAAACCAGGAAGCAAUACCAACGUGUUUUUCUGUGACUCUUGCCAACUAUAAUCUUCCUCCGGAAAACUCUUCUUCCUUUUGCACUUUCGUGUCUUUCUAAAAUAAGAGAUUGUCUUAUUUUAAUUUGUGGUCCAUAAUUAAUACACUCUGGGCAAGCCUUAGCUUCCUGAGUGGGAUAAUGAAGUCCUUGACAGCAGCGUCAAUUCCAGUGGGUAUAAAAUAGGCCCUUGUUUCUGAGUGACAGCUGAUCCAGGCAGGCAAAGGAAAGACGCUUGGGAUAACUGGAAGGGAAGAUAGUUGGUGUCUUUUGCUGUGUUUCAUCACAGAUGAAAAUAAGCUGGAUCUGUUGUAAGCAGGCUUGCUAGUGUGCCUGUGCAGAAUUUAAAAAAAAAAAAAAACAUGGGAAAGCACUUAGGUUUCCUUUCUAAAACUGCCUGGGGUAGGCUAGGAGUAGGAAUCCACGACUUUCCGGAAGAAAAACUACAAUUCCCAGCAGGACCAUGGGUGAGGGAUUCUGGGAAUUGCAGUUUAGCUCGAUGUGAAAGGCCUUAGAUCUGUGUUUCUCAACCUUGGCAACUUUAAGAUGUGUGGACCUCAACUGGGUGGGGAUUCUGGGAGUUGAGGUCCACACAUCUUAAAGUUGCCAAGGUUGAGAAACACUGUCUUAGAUGCUUCACCUCUGGGAUAGGAAUGUACUGCAGAUUUAUGUAGCUUUGUCUUUCAAGGUACAAUGGGAAAUGUAUUUCUGUGAAGCCAUCGGGGAUAGUAAGCAACGUACGAUGAUUGCAACAGCCACCGUUCCGUAUAAGGAGAGCUGAAAAGUCAAUAGUUUGGGCGAGCUUCUGAAACCUCACACAAUACAAUUUCAAGGCUUUUGCAAAAAAGGGCUCCCCAGAUUCAGCGUGCUUCAUCUCCUGUGUACGUCCCAUGCAGCGUUUUGUCACUGAGUUCUAUUUUUGUAGUUUAAUAACUAUGGUGUGUGUACCCUAAACAAACCCGAGUUAGCAAAGAGCAGAUUAAAUGUGAAUUAUGGCUGGCAAUACUAACUUGAUAAAUCAAGAUAAUUAGAGGUGAAAAGUUGUUGACCUUAAUUGCACUAAAGCUCUUGUGAUUGCUUUAAUAUAUUUGUAUCUGUGAUACAGGUUUUUUUUUUUAAAAUAUCCUUGGACCUGCCUGUAAAUCUGUAUAUUUUGGUAGGUGGAAAGUUAAUAACACUGUUGAAAAUCUGUAAAUAUGUACAUAUUUUGAGAAUUAUCAUGAUGAAGUUGUAAAAUUCCUGUACAAAAAACUUUAAUAAAUCUGGUUUCGU